AUGGAGGAGGAGAGUUUUUCUCAUAUUUUUCACGAACACCCGCUGAGUCUGAUCUCCGACUUCUCUGAGGAAAGUAGUUACAGCGCCUUUUGUUAUGGUUGUGGAAGAAGCUUCAUAAGUGGAGAUGUACUGUAUGGAUGCAGCCUCGGGUGUGGAUUUGAUUGGUUGUUACACAAAGAAUGCAUGGAAAUGCCGCGAGAGAUUAUGCAUCCUAUCCAUCCUUCUCACCCUCUUACACUCUUCUACAGAAGGCAUAUUUCCAAUUUAAAAGAAUGUGCCGUUUGUAAAGAGAGUGUGCAUAGAUUGGGCUACAUAUGUAGCCAAGGGGGCUGUGAUGGGUUGUGGAUCCACUUGGCAUGCGCGGGGUUGCUUAACUAUAAGCAGCCGCUUAUGCACCACCCAAGCCACCCUCACCAUCAGCUUCGUUUUUCCAAGAAAACAAGGUGGUGCCCGUUCCCCUGCGAUGCAUGUGGUGCCACUGAGAAAGGGGACUCCUACACCUGCACUGUAUGUGACUAUUGCAUACACGAGAGUUGCGCGCUCCUCCCAUUGUCUGCAGACUUCCCUCGUCUUCACCCAGCUCACCCUCUCUCCCUCGCAUUUUUUCUUCCAUCUGAGUACAUCAAAUAUGAAUUUGAUUGUGCUAUAUGCUGCUCAACUUUGCCAUUGAGAUACUGGGUCUAUCAUUGCCGCCUUUGCAAAUAUGUUGUCCAUUUCCACUGUGCCACCUCCAAGUUUGAUGAUGAGAAUGAAGACGCAAUUGCUGAUGAGAAAGAGGCUAUUAGGUUCCCGAUAGCAAUAGAAGACCUGUAUGAGGAGAUAAUCAAACCCUUCGUUAAGCGAGAAAGAGGACAGAUUAUCAUCCCUCAUUAUGAUCAUGACAAUCAGAACAUCGGUGGCAAGUACAGGUUCUUCGGUCACCCUGAUCAUCUACUAACGUUUACUACAUUUUCUUCAGCUUCAUCAUUAUCAUCCUCUCAUGACCACUAUAAAAAAGGUUAUGAUGAUGAUGAUGAAGAAGAAGAUGAUUAUGAUAGUAGUAUUCUAAGAUGGGAAUUAACAUGUGACGGGUGCUCACUGCCUAUAUACGAAAAGAAUCUCAUAGAUGAUGAGUAUGAGAAAGGUUACAUGAGUUGUAAUGAAUGUAAAUACUUUCUCCACUUGUCCUGUUUCAACUUACCACUGCAUAUCCCCUCUCUUCCAAUUCAUUCGCUCAAAAAUCACAGCCUAAGGCUUCGAAAUGCCGACAAGUUUACAAGUUGGAGAAACUGUUCAAUUUGUGAAGCUUAUACGAAUGGGCUCUAUUACGCUUGUACCGGCAAAGACUGUAGGUUCUACAUAGACAUCAAGUGUGCUUCUCUGCCUAAUACCAUCAAACACGCAGCUCACCCACGACAUAAUAAUCUCGAUGUAGUAUUUUCCAACUUCACCUUUAGUUUUUGUGGUUCCUGUCAUCUAUGUAUAAGUACACGUAAGGCACAAUACAGAUGCAAUAGCUGCAGAUUCCGCGUGUGUGGUAGUUGUGUGAUUCUACCGGCAACAAAUAAGCAUAGAUUGGAGAAUCACUUGCUGUCGUUGACAUAUGAUGCCUAUGUAAACCGUCCUGGUGAUUUCUACUGUAGCAGCUGCGAAGACCAAAUAAACCCCAGGGAAUGGAUGUACCAUUGCCGAGACUGUGAUCAAUCCCUUCAUCCCAAAUGCUUUCUUGCAACGUCCGGUCGGUACAGAAACAUCAAAUUUGGGACGCAACCAUUAUGCGGUGUGAAACAAAUGGAUGAUAUGAGCAGCCGACCCUUGAGGUCGAGCGGUGGACAAGUAUUACUAUAUGCCUGGUGACAUUGCACUGUUGUUUUACCUUUUGACGAGAUUACGUGAACAUUCUUGUUGUGUUACACUCUUAUCGCUUCCGCUUUCUUUUGAGACUUGUUAUUUUAGUGUGUUUUGUCGUUCGUACCCACCUAUUUCCACCUUGUAUUAUAAUUUGAUGA